UGUUGGAAUACAGGAAAAAGAUCCGCCCCCUCAGGAUUAAAAUGUUAGAUGGAUCUGCAAAAACUCUUUUGAUUGAUGAUAGCAACACAGUGAGCCAGAUGUUGAUAACUAUCUGCACAAAAGUUGGUGUAACAAACUAUGAUGAGUAUUCAUUGUGUAGAGAUAUGGAGGAAGAAAUCAAGAAAGAUGGAGGAACCCUCAACAGAAGUACACUCAAAAAGGAGAAGAAGAAAGAUCCAGGAGCAUCCAUCUUGAGAGAUGAGAAGAAAAUGGAAACACUGAAGAGGAAGCUGCAUACAGAUGAUGAGCUGAAUUGGCUUGAUCACACAAGGACUCUUCGAGAACAAGGUGUUGACGAGAACGAGUGCCUCAUCUUCCGACGCAAGUAUUUCUAUUCUGAUCAGAAUGUAGACAAACGUGAUCCAGUCCAACUCAACCUCCUCUAUGUACAGUCACGUGAUGCUAUCCUGAAUGGGACCCACCCCUGCUCAUUAGAAGAGGCGUGUCUCUUAGCAGGUACUCAGUGUCAAAUACAAUAUGGUGAUCACACUGAAAGCAAGCACAAGCCAGGUUUCUUGGAACUAAAGGAUAUGCUACCAAAGGAGUAUGUAAAGGUCAAAGGUGUGGAGAAGAGAAUAUUUGUGGAACACAGGGAAAUGAUAGGAAUGGCUGAGCUAGAUGCAAAAGUCAAAUACACCCAGCAUUGUCGAUCACUGAAGACAUAUGGUAUCACCUUCUUCUUAGUUAAGGAAAAGAUGAAAGGCAAGAAUAAGCUGGUACCUCGUCUUCUGGGUAUCAACAGAGAGAGUGUGGUCCGUGUUGAUGAGAAGACCAAGGAGAUUUUGAAGACUUGGAAUUUGACGACUGUUCGCCGCUGGGCUGCAUCACCUAAGAGUUUCACCCUUGACUUCGGAGAUUACUCUGACUCCUAUUAUUCUGUACAAACCACUGAGGGUGAGGCCAUUGGAGCACUUAUUGCUGGCUACAUCGAUAUCAUCCUCAAGAAGCAAAAAGGCAAAGAUCGAAUGGGUCUUGAAGGAGAUGAUGAAUCUCUAUUGUUUGAAGAGAAUGUGAGUGCUACUAAAGCUCGUAUUAUCCAGCUGCAGUCUAAUAAGAAGGGUCAUAUGACAGAGGGAUCUGUAGCUAUGCCUGGACUCAUGAGACCUGGUGGUAAUGCUGGGACAUUCACAACAGGUGAGAUGCAGACAGCUCAGCAAUCCAUGACUACAGGCUCGGCACGCCAGCAGCAUCAAGCACCAUUGGAUCAGGCUAAGAAGCCUGGUAUGACAUUAGCCCAACAGAACUUGAUGACCAAUAUCAAACAAGGAUUUACAGCUAUGGAAGAAGCAAGGAAUGACCUAGGUACACGGGCUGAAAUACCACCACUUGGAUCUGAUCAGGCAUCGAGACAAUGGAGAGAUAAUGAAAUGGAUGUGAACAAGCAGAACAUUCAGUCUCAGCUGAGUGCUAUGGCUGCAGCUACAGCUGGUAUCAUAAGUGAAACAUCAGGGUCUGCUGAUGAUACAGACUACACUACUGUUGGAUCUCAUGUUACUACAAUCUCAUCUAACUUGACUGAGAUGACUAAAGGAGUAAAGAUGCUUGCUGCAUUGUUAGGUGAUGAUGGAGAUAGUGAAAGUUUACUUGAUGCUGCUAGAAAUCUCAUGGAUGCUUUCUCUGAUCUUCUUAAAUAUGCACAGCCUGAUAGCCAAGAGCCUCGUCAGCACCUACUUGGAGCAGCCAAUCAUGUUGGAGAGACCCAGAAUGCAUUGUUGCGCUGCAUGGGAAGCACUGGUGAUAUGGAUCCAAGAUUCCAGGAUGCUCUGUUAGCCCUUGCCAAAGCUGUAGCCAAUGCCACUGCUGCAAUGGUUCUCACUGCUAAGAAUGUUGCUUCCAAGACACAAGACCAAGAAUUACAGGAUAAAGUCAUCGCUUCUGCUACUCAGUGUGCACUUAACACUUCACAGCUUGUGGCCUGUACCAAGGUGAUUGCACCUACCAUUAGUAGUCCAGCUUGUCAGGAGCAGUUAGUUGAAGCAGCUAAAUUGGUUGCCAAGACUGUAGAGAAUGUGGUGGAUGCAUCCAGGCAAGCCACCGAUGAUGAAGGUCUCAUGCAGGAUCUUGGAGCAGCUGCUACCGCUGUUACUAAAGCACUCAAUAACCUCUUGGAUCAUGUCAGACAAGGUACUGGCACACAGAGGGCAGUACCACUCUUUGAUGAGGCAUGCGAGCGAAUCGUCACAGCAACAGACAAACUUGGCAACAGUGUUGGUAAUGCUGGUGAGAUGGUCAAGCAAGCUAAACUAUUGGCUAUGGCAACAUCUCAGCUGGUGAAUGCUAUCAAGGGUGAAGCAGAAGAUGUAGAAGGAGACACUCAAAGGAGACUUCUAGGAGCUGCUAAACAACUCGCUGAUGCUACAGCUAAGAUGGUUGAAGCUGCUAAGCAAUGUGCUCAAAGUCCAAAUGAUCCUGUGAAACAGCAACAGCUGCUGGAUGCAACAAAAGACCUUCAUAUUGCUACUAAUGCUGCAGCUAACAAUGCCCUUAAGAAGAAACUUAUUCUCAAGCUUGAGGUAUCUGCAAAGCAAGCAGCUGCCAUGGCCACUCAGACUAUCUCUGCCGCUCAAGGAGCUGGUCCAUCAAACACCAACACUGCUGCCCAACAGGCACUCAUUGAUGAAUGCAAGAUUGUUGCUGAACAUCUUCCAGCAUUGAUCCAUGGUGUAAGAGAUUCUGUCAAUCUACCAGGUAGCUCCAGGGCUCAGAUCAGUCUUAUCAAUGCUUGCCAGAACUUUGUACAGCCUGGGAACAAGCUUGUGACUGCAUCUAAGCAGGCUUUACCCAAUGUCAGUAAUCCUUCAGCAGCCAUGCAACUAAGUAACUGCUCUAAGAAUUUGAACACUGCCCUUGCUGAGCUCAAGAGUAUUGCUUCCAGGGCCCAAGAAGCAUGUGGUGCUAUGGAGAUUGAUAAUGCUAUAGAGAUGAUCCAUGGUUUAGAAGAUGAACUAGAUCAAGUGAAGAAGAAUGCCAGGGAUGGUAACUUACAUCGUCUACCAGGUGAAACGCCUGAAUACUGUGCCACUCAACUCAGCGCAACAUCCAAGGGUGUUGGUGCAUCAAUGGCCCAGCUCCUGACAGCCGCUGCCCAAGGUAAUGAGAACUACACUGGUAUGGCAGCCAGAGACACAGCCAACGCUCUCAAGAACUUAAAGGGGGCUGUUAGGGGUGUGGUUGCAAGUACUGAUGAUCCAGAGGUCCAGGAGGGUAUCAUUGACCAUGCCAAGGAUGUCAUGGAUAAGUCUGCUAAUCUCCUAGACGAAGCUAAGAAGGCCCUGCAGAACCUUGAUGAUCCAGGAAAUCAACAGAGAUUAGCACAGGUUGCAAAGGCAGUGUCUCAUGCCCUCAAUAAUUGCGUGAACUGCUUACCAGGACAGCGUGAUGUGGAUAAGGCCAUCAGGGCAGUAGUAGAGUCUAGUAAAGGACUCAUGUCUGGCAAGAUGAUGAAAAAAGCGCAGGAGAAAUAUGCCAUGCUUCCAGAAGGAACCCAGAGGAAUUAUCAGGAGCAUCAGAAUGCAUUGAACAGUGCAGCUCAAGGACUCAAUGUAGCUAGUGGAGAACUAGUGGUGGCUGCCAGAGGUACACCUGAAGAACUGGCUGUAGCAGCUAAUGAGUUCAGCAGGGAAUUCCAGGAAUUGAUGGACUCUGGCAUGGGUAUGGCCAGGACAGCACCGACUGAUGCACAGAACAACAUGGUGGGUAGUCUGAAGAACAUCUCAGUAUCAUCAAGUAAACUUCUCUUAGCUGUCAAGUCUAUGUCAGUGGAUCCUAAUGCCCCCAAUGCUAAGAACCUGUUGGCUUCUGCUGCUAGGCAAGUAACAGACAGUGUGAAUCAGUUAUUGAAUACAUUCAUGCAGAGUGCCCCUGGACAGAAGGAAUGUGAUAAUGCAUUACGUAAUAUUCAAACAAUCAAGUCUAUCCUUGAUAACAUCAAUGAACCAAUCAAUGACUGGACUUACUUUGAAUGUCUUGAUUCCAUCAUGCUCAAAUCAAAGGACCUUGGUGAAAGCGUGAAUGGUAUUGCUAAGACUGCCAAGGAUGGUGAGCUAGAGAAGUUUGGUCAGAUGGUAGAUUCAGCAGGUCAGGCUGUUUGUGGACUCACCGAAGCUGCUGCUCAGUCUGCAUAUUUGGUUGGUAUCUCUGAUCCAUCGAGUGUAGCAGGUAGACCAGGUCUUGUUGACCAGUCUCAGUUAGUUCGUGCCUUCCAAGCUAUUGAAUCUGCUUGUCAGAGCCUUCUCAAUCCAGAUAGCAACCAACAACAGGUUUUGGCAGCUGCAACAGAGGUUGCCAAACACACUUCAGCCCUGUGCAAUAUAUGUAAAGGUGCUUCUACAAAGACCAGCAACCCAGUAGCUAAGAAACACUUUGUCCAGUCAGCAAAAGAUGUGGCUAACAGUACCGCCAACUUGGUCAAGAGCAUCAGGGAACUGGAUGGUAACUUCUCUGAAGCAAAUCGUCGUAACUGUGGUGAAACGACGCGACCUCUUGUGGAAGCAGUUGAGAAUCUCAUCACAUUUGCUAGUUCUCCUGAGUUUGCCAGUGUGCCCGCCAAGAUCACACCACAGGCCCAAGUUGCAAUGACGCCUAUCAUUACAGCUGGCAAACGUAUGAUUUCUAGCUCCAGUGCCUUGAUCCAAACAGCCAAGCCAUUGGCUAUCAAUCCUAAGGAUCCUCCUACAUGGCAGCUAUUGGCCAAUCAUAGCAAGAAUGUAUCAGAUUCUAUCAAGGAACUCAUUGCAUCCAUCAGGGAUCGUGCACCUGGACAAAGAGAAUGUGAUGAAGCAAUUAAUAAAGUGAAUCAAUCAAUCCGUGAUUUAGAUCAAGCUUCUUUAGCUGCUGUUGGUCAGACUCUGCCUCCACAAGAAGGCUUGUCUCUCAGGGGCUACACUGAGAACCUGCUUAACAGCUUAGCACAGAUCAAUGCUAAUAUUGAUAAAGUGGCUGCUGCAGCUAAAGGACAAGCAGAGCAACUUGGACAUGGGGUUACUGCUAUGGCAAAUUACUUUGAGCCUCUAACUCGCAAUGCCAUCGGUGCUGCAUCCAAAAGCAUAAACUCACAGAGACAGAGUGAUCUCUUAGAUCAAACCAAGACUGUUGCUGAGUCCACACUCCAGCUCCUCUAUGUUUCUAAGGAAAGCGGUGGAAAUCCAAAGGCAUUACAGACCCAUGGAGCUGUAGAUGAAGCCGCUCAAGGUAGUAAGGAAGCAGUAGCUGAUCUCAUUGCAACCCUGGAGGAAGCGGCUAGUGAGUUUGGUGUUGUCAGUGGAAUGGUAGACAGCAUCUCAAGAGCUAUCCUUGUGACUGAGCAAGCGGUACCAGAGAAUGAAGUUGGUGACUUUGUAGACUACCAGACAGACAUGGUUAAGACUACCAAGGCCAUCAUCAGAACAGCUCAAGAUAUGGUGUCCAAGGCUAAUAUUAAUCAGACUGCUGAACUAGGAACCUUAGCUAAUCAACUCCAGCAUCACUACAACAAGCUAGCUCAAAAUGCCAGGGGUGCACAGGCUUCCACCAAUCAAGAGAUGAAGUACCCAUCCCAAGAGGUGGCAGAGAGAAUCAAGAAGUCUGUGCAGGAUCUUGGCAAUUCUUGCAUCGGUUUGAUCAAGGAAGCAGGUAACGUGCAGAGUAACCCUGGAGAUAGAUUUGCCAAGAAAGAGCUCUCUGAUAAGGCUAAGGAUACAUUUGAGAAGGCCAACUUUGUAAUGGCAGCAUUACAGGCUGGUUCGCGAGGUACUCAGGCUUGUAUUGAUGCAGCUAGUACAGUAUCUGGUAUCAUUGGUGAUCUUGAUACUACCAUUAUGUUUGCAUCAGCUGGUACGCUCUCUGCUGAACCAGAUAUUGGCUCAUUUGGUGAUCACAGAGAGAACAUCUUGAAGACUGCAAGAGCCUUGGUAGAGGAUACCAAGACCUUGGUUUCAGGAGCUGCAGAUAGUCAGGAACAGCUUGCUAUUGCUGCUCAGUCUGCUGUUGGUACCAUUACACAACUUGCUGAUGUUGUCAAAUUAGGAGCUGCAACCCUUGGUGGAGAUGAUCCAGAUGGUCAAGUUCUUCUUAUCAAUGCUGUGAAAGAUGUGGCGUCUGCUCUGGGUGAUCUUAUCUCAUCAACCAAGAUGGCUGCUGGCAAGAGCAGUAAUGACCCAGCAAUGGAACCACUCAAGAACUCUGCUAAACUGAUGGUAACAAAUGUAACAUCUUUGCUGAAGACUGUGAAGAGCGUUGAGGAUGAAGCAACAAGGGGUACCAGAGCUCUUGAAGCAACCAUUGAUGCUAUCGUACAAGAAGCUAGGAUACUUGACACCGCUCCACCAUCAGACUCACUUGCCUCUCCAGAGCAACUUAUCCGUAGUACCAAGCAAGUUACUCUGGCUACUGCCAAAGCUGUUGGAGCAGGUAACUCAUGUCGGCAAGAUGAUGUCAUCCAAGCAUCUAAUGUCUCCAGGCAGGCUGUCUUUGAAAUGCUUGACACUUGCAGGAGGGCAGCACCUAUUGCUGAGAAUCCUGAGGUUAGGAACCGUACCUUAAUGGCUGGUCACCAGUGUGCUGAUGCAUUCAGAUGUCUUCUGGAACAAGUUCAUUCAAACAUUCAGAAGCCAAUGCCAGACGGGAAACAGAGACUUGUUCAACAUUCUAAGCGUGUAGCACAUACAGUCAGUGAGCUUGUUCAACACGCAGAGCAACUCAAAGGUGCUGAUUGGGUAAACCCUGAUGAUCCUAAUGUAAUUGCUGAGAAUGAACUCCUUAGUGCUGCCAAUGCCAUUGAAGCUGCUGCAAAGAAACUAUCCCAGUUGAAACCACGUAAAGGUGCUAGGGUAAGUUGUCCAUUAUUGUUCAUCCAUAAACUCCCAAACUCACCCACUCUAAUACUUGUGUAAUUGGUAUGAGAGGUUUUGUAUUGAUCAUAUUUCAUUCUUUUACUUAUGGAUGUUCUCUGUGUUAUAUUAACUGAUUUUUCGCCGCACAAAUUCAAUGCUUAGGAUUGAUGUAUUGAUAAUGUAUGUUUGUCUUUUGUUUGAUUGAUGAGUCCAUGUUGAUUUUGGGAUAAUGCUGCAUUGUCAAUUUCCCCCCCAUUUAGCAUGACAUUGUAGAGAACUAUAUAUUUAGAGUUGAUAUUAUUCAGACAACCAAUAUUGCUGAAAUUAUGAUAAUUGUGUUGAGAACUAAAGAUGUACAACCCAUUCAGAUUUGCUGAAGAAAUUCAGAGAUUAAGAUUCCCUUUCCAGUAGUAAUUUCCCCCUGUCAUUCGUAAAGUGGGAACUUAAAAAGAAUUUCCAUUCAGAUUUACAAAUCUUGUUGAUUGUAGUAGUUUUGUUUACUGUAUUGAUGCUUUCCCAAAGUUAAAAAAUACUCAUUUACCAGCUGAGAUGCACAUGUAUCACAAGUAUGGGAGUUUUGGGAUGAGUUCUAGCAUAGAAGUCCUUUAUUAAGACAAAUAGCAAUCUGCAGAUAGAAUACAUACAUUAUAAUUUUGAUUUAUUUUUUAUUUUUAUGAAAUGACUGUUUUGUGUAUAGAAUGUACUUAUAACAAUUUGUGUCAAGACCAUAAUUAGAUAUUAAUGUCAAAUUUUAUGGGAAUUACUCUCUGAUUACUAUACUUAUCUCAUUGACACAAAAUAUGAGCUCUGGUUUAAUUCAAGGUUAAGCCAUGGUCUAAGUUUGUGCUAAAAUUAUUGGAAAUGAACAAUGUAAAAACUGGAAUAUACAGUCUGACACUUUUUCACUGGCCCCUUUCUGACAAUUUAUAAUGAUGAAGAAAACGAUUAUAUUCAUCAUUCCUUGGCAUUACAUUGGAGAGCAAAGAUAUAAUUGUGAUUGUGUGAAUGUGUAUUCUUGAGAUAAGAUCGCAUUUAAUGUAAUAGAAGUAUUAGCAUAGACAAUUAUAAGUUUGUUUUUUUCAUUUUCCUAUUUGAAACAUAGAAUUAACCAGUGUUAAUUCUACAAGCAUACACAGUUAGAGUUGUCAAAUAGAUUGCCACCUGUUUAUAUAACAGUAACUAUUGAAAUAUGAAUAUGAACAAGGAGGAUACUUUGAAAAUAAAUCAUCAAUAUCAGUUACUAUAAUCAUCAUGCUUUCUUUUACUUGUUGAUGUUGAUAUGGAAACAAGUGAAAAUGGGUUCUAACUAUUGAAUUUGCAUGAACUGUAACCAUAAACCCCAACCGGUGUGCAUAGUUCUUAUCUGAAUUCCUCUACUCUGCCAUAUUUCCUUCCCAAUUGCUCUUUAAGACUGACUGGAAGUAGUCUACAUAUGACUCAUGUUUCUCAAUGUACUCUGAAAGAAGAUUGAAUAUAUUGUAUGUUAAAUGCCACCUGUGUUUUGUAAUAACCAGACAGGCAUAAUCCCUGUUGUAGCCUACAGGAGACAGUAUCUUCCCCUAGGAAUU